AUGGACGCAAGCGGCAAGCUCGUGACGAUCGCGUCUGUCGUCUUUGGCCUCCGCUUCCUGGUCCUCGCAGCCUUCCACCCCUACCUAUACCUCUGGCUCGAGCAGAACGGCUUCGGCACCCACGAGCGGGGCGUGCUCGGCGGUGUGUCAUCUGUGGUGCGUUUCUUCGCGCCGAUGAUGCUAGGCUUUCUCGCCGACUGGCUCGGCAGCCGGCGCACGGUCCUCUUUUUCGCGCUCACCGUCGUCAACAGCCUGGCGAUUGCGUCGCUUACCCUCGCGCCGAGUUCACGGCUGGCCCAGGCGGGAUGCCUCGUCGUCGGCGCAUUGAGCGACUGCGGCACGCUGGUCGAUGCUUUUGUCAUGCGCUCGCUCGCUUGGGCUGGCAAGGCAGGCGCGGCUCCAGGAGCGCGGUCGUGGGGCGCCGUCAGCUGGUGCAUCGCGGCUCCGUUGUGCGGCCUGCUCGCCGACUCCCUCGGAAUAGCGGCGCUAUUCUAUGCUUACUCCCUGCUGCAGCUCCUGCUGCUGCCGGUCAUCCUCCUCCUCCCGAUUCGCGAGGCGUACUCCACCGUUACGCAGCCAGGCCGGAGCGACGCAGGUGGCAGCACUGGCGCGGGAGGCAAUCCCGAGGCGGCUGGCAGCAGCGGAGACGGCGGCGGCAAGGCGGGUGACAAGAACCACGGGGAGAAGGACGGCGACGCGGUCAGCACGGACCGCGAGGCGCCGGCCGAGUCCUUCUGCGUGCGCAUGCGGCGCGCGCUCUGUGGAGGCGGGAGGCGCGGGAAGCUCUUGUGCUUUGCGCUGCCACUGCUCUCGCUCGUCGGCUUAAACAUGGGGAUCGGCUUCGUCUGGGGCUUCAUCUACCUCAAGCGGGAGCUGCACGCGCCGGGCGUCCUCGUCGGACUGUCACUCACCGCGCAGGCAGCCAUCGAGGUACCGCUUUUCCGCGCGGCGAGCCGUUUGGUCAACGCCCUCGGCGGCCUCCGAACGGCCCUCCUCUCCACUUCGCUUGCCGCCGCCCUCCGGUUCAGCGGCUGGUGGGUCGCGCCCUCGCCCUGGGCCGUCCUCCCCUUCGAGGUUGGGCAUGGGUGGAGCUUCGCACUCGCCUACACCUCCAUCGCGGUCAUCGGCGACGAGUUCGCGCGAGAUGGGCUCCAGGCGACGGUUGUCGGCCUCCUCUCGUCGGCCAUGCAACUCGGUCAGCUGGGCGCGACCUUCGGGUGGGGCUUUGUUGUCGAGGCUGUCGGCUUGCGCAGCUCGUUUGCCGUCGCCGCCGCGACCUUUGGCAUCGCAGCUUGCCCGCUGCCGUUUGCGUGCGCUUUCGCUCUUUGCGCUCGGUGGCGACGCUCGCGCGACCCGGCACUCAUCGCAGCCGGCUCUGCUCGCAUUGGCCGGGAAGCGAGAGGCCGAACUGCAGCGGCACCUCGAGAGGGUGGGGUGUGUGAGCAGACGGUCGAGAUGGAGACAAGUGAGGCCGUGGCGGUUGUGUAG